AGUCUGGCGUGCAGUCGCGAGCCCACUGUACGGUAAACCAUCGCCGGUGUGUUAGGCGGUCACUGAAAAGCCUCAGCACCGAAAAUGGAGCAAAGGAUUUCAUUCAUACGGAUUCGGUGGACAUUUGGAAUUACAUUAUUAUGUGCGUGCAUCGUUGGUCCAGUUUUGUCAGAGGAAAGGACGCUGAGGUAUACAAUCUACGAGGAAGUGCGUCCUCCCACAGUUAUAGGAACUCUGGCUAGUAAUAUAACCUGGUCUUCGGACAAAGCCUGGAGAACGUCUCCGGGCAUCAGAUUUAAAAUGAUGACUCAGUCCACUGCUUCAUUUAUCCGCUUCAGAGAGAGCGACGGGAGGCUCACGGUCGAGGAACGCAUCGACCGAGAGAAAAUGUGCAAGCGGAAUUCGAGGUGCCUCAUCAGUUUUGAUGUUGCUUUUGUGUCUGUCGAACAUUUCGAGUUGUUGCAUGUGGAGGUCGACGUUGUGGACAUUAACGACAACUCUCCGGAGUUCCCGAGCCCCGUGUGCGCAAUUGAGCUAUCGGAGAACGCGGUGGCGGGGACGCGCGUCGCCCUGGACGCGGCCGAGGACGCGGACGUGGGUUCCAACGCCGUCCAGGACUACAGGAUCUCUGACAACAACCACUUCGGCGUCGACGUGGUCACGAGAGUGGACGGGGUCAGAUAUGCGGAGCUCGUGCUAAUUAAAGAGCUGGACAGAGAAGCCCAAGCGCUUUACGCGCUUGAGCUCGUCGCUACCGACGGAGGUCGUCCUUCAAAAAGUGGCUCUACCAACGUCACUGUAAAAGUGUUGGAUUUUAAUGACAACAGUCCCGUUUUUGAGCAGACUAACUAUUCGGUUGACUUAUUUGAAGACGCCCCGAUUGGACACCUUGUUUUGCGCUUGAAUGCCGUAGAUCCAGAUGAGGAUUUGAACGGACAAGUCGUGUAUGAGUUUGGCAAACAGGUCACAAGUGAGAUCCGACAACUCUUUAAAAUAGACCACAAAUCAGGGGAUUUAACACUUCAAAGCCCCGUGGAUUAUGAGGAGGAGAAAACAUACGAAGUCGACGUACAAGCGACUGAUUUGGGACACAAUCCUGUCCCAUCCGUCUGUAAGAUUAUUAUUCACGUCCGAGACGUAAACGACAACCGGCCGGAAGUCAGCAUCACCCCUGUCACGUCGGGGACGUACGGUCUUGCACAUGUGAGUGAGGCGACCAGUCGGGACAACCUUGUGGCCGUGAUCAGCACCACGGACAGAGACGCCGGCGCGAACGGGCAAGUCAGCUGCACCCUUCACGGCGGACACGGCGACUUUACGCUCAGAAGGGCUUACGAGGGUAGCUACACAAUACUGACCAACGCAGCCCUCGACAGAGAAAAGAUUCCCGAGUACAAUCUAAGUAUUGUAGCCGAAGACUUCGGAACGCCUCCGCUGCGCACAGUCACUCAGUAUCUGGUAGUUAUUACCGAUGUCAACGAUAAUGCCCCGUUUUUCAGCGGUAAAGUGUACGAAGGGUUUAUUGAGGAAAACCAGUUGCCUGGUACCUACAUCACGACAGUUUUAGCUAGCGAUCAGGACACGGGGCUUAAUGGAGAAAUAACCUAUGACCUUUUUGACAGUGACACAAACAGUGUGUCCAGGUUUGCGAUUAUGAAUCAAGCUGGCCACGUGUACGCUUUGCAGAGUUUUAACUAUGAAGUUAUGCGGAAACUCGAGCUUCGCGUUCAAGCCAGUGACAGGGGUUGGCCGCAGCUCAAAAGCAACGCCAUGCUCAUCAUAAAUAUAGUUGAUCAGAAUGACAAUGCGCCCGCGAUAAUCCAGCCUCCCCUCAGCAACGGCUCCGCUGCCGUGCCCCUGCCGAGGGACGCCGCCGCGGGCUACAUCGUGACGCGCGUAAAAGCGAAGGAUCUGGAUACGGGGUUAAACGCUGAACUUACUUACAAACUCCGCGAGGGGGGGGAUUUGGGCUUUUCAAUCGAUCAGGAUACGGGAGAGAUAUAUGUCAACCGAAAGAUCCCGUAUGACGCAUAUGACAUGUUGAAAGUGUCCGUGACUGUAAAUGACAAUGGACUCCCGUCUCUCACGGCAACUGCAGCAAUUCACUUCGUCCUUACCGAGGGCGCACCAUCAAGCCACAAUUUCUAUAGCGAUAGCGAGACCAGCCCUGAGCCCAAAGCCUGGGUCACGUCCCUUGUCCUGGUUCUGACCCUGACUACUUCCUUUGUCCUGCUGCUGGCCGGAAUUUUAAUGUAUUUAUUAUGCAGUCGUAAAAAGAGACAGAAAAUCCCCGCGGACGCACCUCACGCGGAGAAGGAGAACAAUGCUGUCUCGCUCAUUUCAAACCAGACAGCCAACAUGUUCGAGGCGCACGCGCCGCCCUGCAAAGCCGCCACGGGUUCGUCUGAGACGAUACGCGACAGUGUGGAGGCGUGCGCCGAGGUCGUUGAGUCUACACUUAUCUUCAAAUCUAAGUACAGGAGUGUUGACGCGCAAAUGGACGGUUAUUCCACGCUGCCCGGCUACGGCAGAAACAUGCUGCGUCCAGCGGCGGCAUGGAAGAGGAACUCCAUGCUGACUGUCGCAGGCCGAGAUCCACACGUCAGUGGCAAGGACAGUGGGAAAGGAGACAGUGAUGUGAAUGAUAGCGACUCUGACAUGAGUGGCGAGGCUGUCAGAAGGGACUUUGUGUCUUACAGAGGGCUCUGGGCCUGCACCAGUGAGUGCAGAGUUCUGGGGCACUCAGACCGAUGCUGGAGUCCGUCAGCCACUCGAGCUAAUGCAACGACCACCCGCCACCUGUCCACCUUCUUCAGGAGUGCCCCCUCACCCCCUCACUCCCGACAUGGGAGCAUCCGCCCUGGCCCCCAGCCACCCGGGACUGCGGCUUUACAGAGCACCGCAGAGGGCCGGCGAAGCCAAUGUGAUUACAUCCACAUCUGCUCUCCACAGCCACAGAGGAGAAAGAACAGCGAAGACAUAGACAUCAAAGUACACGCACACUCCACACAGCCCAUCCCAGUGCACACACACUCCACACAGCCAAUCCCAGUGCACACACACUCCACACAGCCAAUCCCAGUGCACGCACACUCCACACAGCCAAUCCCUGUGAACAGUCCUGGAAGACUCACAGAUGAAUGAUGUUUUCAUGGGAUUUGUUGUUAGUGCUUACAUCUUUGACUCUCUAUGUGACAUUUUGUACAUACAGAGUAUAUUUUUGAACAACGGAAUAUUAACUUUUCUUGUUUUUUCAUGGCAUGUUUUAGCUAGAUUUUAUUUCAGAAACAUAACUUCAACCCUGAUGUCAUGAGUGACAACAUAUUUACAUGUGAUUGUAUUUGUAUUACAUUUUGUCAUUGUGUUUCAGAAAUAAACAUUUUUUUCUAGGU